AUGCUGGAUUCGGAAAGCCUGCUUGCGUCGGACAUGACACAGUCGUUGUUGUUGCAUCAGCGGUUCCUCAUGGCAGGCAGUUAUCCAGUGGGCGUUCUUACACAGCACUGCCCAAGCCGGGCCUCUGCGAAGACCUGUCCUAUAUGGCACGGACCUGCAUACCUUCCUGUGGAUCAGUCUGUGAUGGCCAAUCCCGAGGUGCAAGUGUUUGAAGAUGAAUUUCCGCUUGUCCGAAGCUGUCCUGAACUAGACGAACUUCGUAUUGCACGCGAGUUAACCGACCUUACUAUUCAGGCAACAAGUCUUGCGACCUGUGUUCUCGUCUUUGGAGAAUCGACAGUAGCAGACCAGUGUGCCGUCUACCAGUGUGAUUUGGAGGCAAAUACUUGCGAGGAGUUGAGCAUCAUGGAAGGUCUGCAGGGCGCAAGGUUCUUGACCCAUGGUGUCUUGAGCAACAUUGAUGCUGCUGCUGGCAUCUGA